AAUAGUAAACAACAUGAAAUUUCAGAAUUCGUUGUUCAAUUUGUUAAAAUGUCGCACGAGACUUUUCAGACAAGCAAAGACAGGAAUCAGCUGGUGUUCUGGUCGCAAAUUACCUGACAGAACAUUUUCUACAAAAUCAGAUGGUAAACAGCCAAACAUAAUAUUAAUGGGAUGUCCUGGUUCCGGUAAAACUACAGUAGGAAGAAUCCUGGGGAAACGUCUUGGUUUGCCAGUGGCUGACAUUGAUGAUCAUCACUUAGAACCAUAUUGGGGAAUGUCCGUGGCAGAUAAGUUAUCUGAGGUUGGAUCUGAUCGUUUUGUGGAAGAAGAAGGAAAGGCGUUACUUCACUUUGAUCGCAAUGGACACGUGGUAUCAUUAUCUGGAUCAAAUCCAAUGUAUUCAGCCGCUAUGAACCACAUCUCCAAAACUGGAAUUGUAGUUUUCUUGGACGCUAGAAAUGACGACAUCGUUGAUCGACUAGAAAAAAUGAAAGUUAGUCGUAUUGUAGGACAAAGCCCUGAUGUACCGAUGAUAGAAAUACUAAAAUAUAGACAAUCGUUUUACGAAAAGGCAUAUGACAUUCGAGUCAUUUGCGAAGAAAAUGAAACUCAAGAUUCGAUAGCGGGAAAGAUUGUCGCAGAGCUUAAACGUUAUCAGAAUUCAUCGGGUUACGUCUCAACGAGAGACCUUUCUAAACAGCCGCAUGAAAUAAAAUUUUCCGAAGCAAUCCUUCAAGGCUUAGCCCCAGAUGGUGGAUUAUUUGUCCCGAACAGCACCAUUGCAAAAUUUUCGGAAAAACAGUUAGACAGAUUAGUUGACCUAUCAUACCAAGAUAGAGCUCUCAGAAUCUUAGAGAAAUGGAUCCACCCGGACGAUCUCCAUCCAGCAUUACUUCAAAAUUUCAUUAACAUGGCUUACAGUGAAGGGAGUUUUGAAAGUAAAGAGAUAUUUCCGGUUCGACAACUAGAAAAAAAUCAGUAUUUACUCGAACUUUUCCACGGACCAACAUCAUCAUUCAAAGACGCUGCGCUACAGCUAUUGCCACAAUUCUUUGUUCACGCUUUACAAGUUUUAGGCAGAACAUCAACAAGAUAUUUAAUACUAGUUGCCACAUCAGGAGACACCGGUGGUGCCGUGUUGGAUGGAUUUUCUAAAUAUACGGGUCAUUCGGGCGUUGGAGUUCUGGUGUUGUUCCCUGAAAAUGGAAUCAGUGAUGUUCAAAAGAAACAAAUGACGUCUAUAAAAUCAAACAACGUCCACGUUGUAGGAGUAAAUGGUGAUUUUGAUGACUGCCAGUCAUAUGUCAAAAUGGCUUUCCAAGACCCACUACUAGCCAACAUGCUUUUACAGGAAAAUAACUGUAAAUUAAGUGCCGCCAACUCUAUAAACUGGGGUAGACUUUUGCCACAAAUCGUUUACCACGCUUCAGCAUAUCUAGAUUUGGUAAAAGAUAGAGUUAUUGCUGUUGGUGAUGAGAUAGACGUCUGCAUACCUACUGGUAAUUUUGGUAAUAUAUUAGCGGCGUACUAUGCAAAGGAAAUGGGAAUACCCAUUAAACGUUUUAUAUGUGCUUCAAAUGCGAACAACGUUUUAACGGAAUUUAUUAACACUGGUCGCUAUGAUAUCCAAAGACGACGUCUUGUAAAGACAAUUUCACCAGCCAUCGACAUCCUAGUAUCAUCAAAUCUUGAACGAUACCUUUAUCACUUGUCAAAUGAGAACUCAUACUUGGUGAAUUCAUGUUUUGGUUCACUUAAUGCCCAAAGGUGUUUUGAGGUACCACCAGAUAUAAUGAAGAAAAUCAAAAGUAUGUUCACUGCUGAUUGGUGCAGCGAACAAAAAUGUCAUUCAACAAUUAAAGACACUCUUAAAAGGACAGGGUAUAUGUUAGAUCCGCAUACUGCAGUAGCAAAGGCAGUCGGUGAUAGGUUUAACAAUGGUAAAAGACCUAUGAUAAUAGCCUCAACAGCCCAUUGUGAUAAAUUUGCACCAGAAAUUAUGUCUUUUAUUGGAAAAACUGAGAGUACAGACGACUUGGCGUCCAUGUUCAGAACAUUACAGGACAUGAGGUCAUAUCCACGACCUCAUCAUUUGUUGGAAAAAUACAUGCAUCAUGAGCGCGUUCACAAUACUGUCGUAAACGCUGAUUACAAAGAGGUUGUUAAUCAAGUUAUUUUAUUUUCCAGAAAUUUAAGAAAUUUGUAAUAUCAGACUUCUCAUUAUAUUCCAGAAACAGCAUUUUAUUUGAAUAAAGAUCGCUUCCUCAUA